AUGUCUGGCAUGGAACCCCUCGUGGCCUUAAGCUUGGCUUGCAACGUGCUUCAACUCGUUGAAGUCGGUCAGCAGACCAUCAACCUCAUUAAGGUCGUGUACCGGGGAGGAUCACCGGACCAAACUCUCGACCAAAAUGCUGCCAUUCUAUGGACCGCACGAGACCUGAGGGAGGAAAUUCAGUUUCUGGUUGGCAAUGCAAAGCAAGGCAGCCUUGCGUCGACUCUAAAGGUUGUGGCCAGGACAAAUUGGCGUAGGCGUCGCCUGGAGAGGCUCAAAGAAAGUUUGCAAGGCGCAGAAAAAUUGAUGCAGACCGGCCUUCUGACAAGAAUAUGGUCGAGCACAAGCAACGCUGAGCUGAACUUGAAGGACCUGAAGGGAGACCUCCGUUCUUUCAUUGAGCAGUCCAGAAACGGUCAUCGAAGCACAAAAGAACUAGUGUCCAGAGAGAGUAUUGAUAUCAAGAACCAUGUGUUGUCUGCAUCCGCAGAAACAAAUGAGGCUUUAGAGAGGGUCCACCAAAGUUUGGGCAGCUUGGUCCUCGAUACAGGUGUCCAAGUGAACCAAGCAAAGCGAGACUGUCUUCUUCGAAGUCUCAAGUAUCAGGGAUUCAACGAACGACAAAAUCAGGUCAGUGAAGCAUACGGGAACACUGGGAGUUGGAUAUUUGCCGGUGAUUGCGAUGGAGUCGACGGGAUCGAGGGUUCUGCAGCCUCCAGUUCUGACGGCAUCAAUCCGGGGACAACAGAGUCAGAAGGAGCAAGGCGGAGUCCUAGCGAUUUAUCCAAUAUAAAGUGGGACAGCUUUUCAAAUUGGCUUCGCUCGACGGAUAAAUUCUAUUGGAUCAGCGGGAAGCCCGGGUCUGGGAAGUCCACACUCGUCAAAUCCAUCUUGGACCACGCAGACACGCAAAAGUAUCUGGACAUCUGGCAACCGGGGUCCUUAAUAAUCUCUCAUUUCUUUUGGCGGCCAGGCACUGCAUUGCAACAGGAUAUCAAAGGGCUUCUCUGCUCUUUACUCUAUCAACUAUUAAGAGACAGCACCACAGCCUUGAAUUACGUCCUCUCAUCCGUGCCCCAUUCGAACGCGAAGGAUUCCGAUACGGACUGGUCAACAGCAGAGCUUCGGACCCUAUGCCUGAAGGUUUUACAGGCUUACGACCGCCCUAGCAUCAACAAAGGUGUGGAAUACGGCGACAACAAGGUCACCUUCCAGGAGAGAAUUGACAAACUACCAGGAGACCUGGUCAGUUUGUACAAAGAUAUGUGGAAAAGGGCCUGCGAGGACGAUCCGCUAGCCUAUCGGCAAACCGCAGCACUCUAUUUCAAGCUCAUGUUGUCGCAUCGCAAACGCUGGCCUCCUUUUUCAUUAUUUCGCAGCUUUGGUCUACUCUCUUUCAUGCUUGCGUCAACGUCGACUGCAGAUAGAAUACUUCAAGCCGGUGAUAAAGUCCCGGAGCUCUUUUCAGAAGACCUACUGUUGCAAAGGUGUCAGGAAGUGGAGAGGAAAGCAGAUGUCUACUGUUUUGGACUCAUCGAGCUGGGUCCAAGAUUGAGUCACAAUCCAGACCGGAUCGAAGCAACUGGCUUGUAUGGAAGCAAGUAUGAUAAACUCAUACCUUUCACAAGCGGCGACAGGAUCCUGCGGUUCAUACAUCGGACUGCGCACGACUUCCUUGUGGACACACCGGAGGGUAGAGAGAUACUGGAUUUCGACAAAUCUUCGGAAAUGUCUCUUGAGAUCAGAAUUAUUAAGGCCUAUUUGGCAGGAAGUCAACUAUUUGUCCACGGCGAUGACUGUGUAAGCUUAGGUGCAAGCUUCGCUGGCGUCCCACUGUGCCUGAUCAGGUCUGUGCGACUCAUUCAUUGGGAUACAAACGACUGGAUAGAGACAGAUUGGAGGGAUUUAGUUCAAAUUUGCGAAAAUCUCUGCAACAGCGGCAAGCUAUUCGCCGGGUCCCAUGGCCGAGCACGUCUUUGUCGAGGCGAGGACUUUUUGAAGGCUGUGGCCAACACUUGCGGUGAUGAGCGUAUCUUCUCCGCGAUCCGUAGUGGAAAGCUGAGUAAAGAUACGAAAUCAGAGAUUCUCUUGAAUGCAUGCAAUAUCUUUCUUAAUGGGUAUGGUAGCUUGAUGGGACGCGACUGUUUUGUCGAGGAAACUGUCAGAAUGUUGCUGAAGGACGGUGCUGACCCCAACUACAAAGGGGUCAUGUUCUCGCCAGAUUUGUGGCGCUGGCCAUUUGCGCAGGUUGAGACACCGUUCACGGAAUAUUUGGAGAGCACAUUGAUGCUCGCCAAUGACAGGCUUCUGAGCUCUGAGGAGCUUUUCGCUAUCCUGAAGACCCUUCAUAUUUACAUCUCGUACGAGGCCAACCUUGAUGAGAUAAUCACCUUUUCCUUCGAUUUCAAGCGUCCUGUCCCGCAAGAUCGCAAGGAGUCGGUUUGGGAAUUGGAGAUCUUCUUACUUGUCCAGAUCAACUGGGGCUAUCCUUCUCUGGUUCCAGUUGGCGAGGAAAAUAGCGUCCUGUUUGUGUCGUUCCCAGCUCACGACGUUCUUGACGCUCUAUUGCAUACCAUGCGCGAGAAAUACCCACAACCAGCUGGAAGCAAAGAAUUCCUGGAAAAGCUUGUGUUUCUUGAAAAUAAAUGUUCAAAUUGGCUUAGCAGAGAGAAAGCUUGUGUAUUUGGCCGAGUAUGCUUCGAUGAGGUCUCAAAUGCAUCAGAGGAGCCUGCGUGGCUUGAGACCACACUAGAGUACCAGGGACGGAUUGCAAGUCAGCUACUAAUCCAAUUGAAAAAUUGGCAUUCGAUAACGCCUGCUCUCAGAAACAGGGGUAGAUCGGAGAUUGACGUUGAAAUGAUGGAACCAUUGUUGUCUCUUUGCGCGCAGGCACCCUGGGUUCUGAAGGCCCGUGGACGAGACGCUAUCUGGGUGCGAUUCGAGGAGCUUGGGAUCUUCACCAGGGUCGACGACACCUGCGAGUUACACAGUACCGUGGAUUGGGUCAGAAAAAGAUAG